AUCCUUUACCUUCUUUAUCACGUUUAAAAUGAGGUUUUUACUCUUUAUGCUUGCAUUGGUGCUUUCUGUCUUCGUACAGGCAGAAAUCAUUACAAAGGAAAGCCCAUUACCUCAUCAACUUAUUGUUAAUACCGUGCAAAAUUACAAACAACGCACCAUCAACUAUCUCUCAUCUGUUCAAGCUUUAGCUGAUAACGCCGAAAGAGAGCUAAAGGCUAACAAGAACAUCAGACCCUCUACUGAAUACUCCAUCCAUGACAUAACUUUUACUUUUGCAAAGUACUUGCCUUCCUGGGUCUAUCCCGAGAUUCUCUGGAAGGAGGACACUGUUACGCGUCGCAAACAUAUUGCCAAGGUUUUACGCUCUUCCCCAUUAAUUUCUCGACCUCGCUAUACUGCCAUCCGCGACGAAGUUGCUGGUUGGGCCCAAACAUCAGGAGAUGCCUUAACUGAUCAUUUCGCUAACCUUACACUUGAAUUGGACUCAUUGCUUACAUCAACCAUGGAUCUCGUCGAAACAUCUACUGACGCAGAAUUGAUGGACUCUUUAUUUAUGACAGCAGGUUGUGUUACUUUGGAACGUGCUAUUAAUAAAUUUAUCAUCGACUGUAACCAACAGUUUGGAGCGACUUUGGAUCAGGUUAAUUCCGACUUUGACCGAAUUGUCACAUUGUCAGGUGAACUUCGUAUUCCACUGGAAAGCAUCCGUCUCGAUGCUAUCGAACGAACAAAGUAUAUUCAUGACAAAAUGUUCAAUGCAGACAUAGCCAAUCGUCUUCGUAAUCUUGGACGUUAUAUCCAGACUCAUCUGCAAAACUUAUCCAGAGAUAUCAAGAAUAAUCAAGACAACCAAGAACUGUCCAAGGCAUUUAGAAAGUAUACCGCAGAUCACCUUUUAAGAAUUCAAGAUGUCGAACGUGUGUAUGAUUUGUUGAAAAAAUCAAAGACUUUUGUGGAUCGUAUAUGGAAUAACGCAAAAAAUGAAUUGAUACAAAGUCCUUUUAAGAUAAAUUAUUGGAUUGAUGUUGUGGACGAAGUCAAGGAAGCUGCCAAGGAGUUAGUUCGACACCUGUUAAAAUCAAAGAAGAGACAUCAUCAAAAGCAUCGUCAUUGCUCUUUCUAUAAUUAGCUUUUACCCCCCUCCCCAUCCACCCUCCCACCCACGGGCAGCAAUGCUUAUAUCACAUUUGUAAAUAUGUUCCAAUUAAUAGCAGGAAUAAAAUAAGUUUUAUUAAAUAGG